GUGCAAGUUUAGGCAAAGUAUGACGUCAUUCCAAUAUGGCAGCCUAUAUUAUAUAUUAAAAAUGUGCUAGUUCGUUUUAUUUCUUUGAUAUGUAUGCUUCGUUUAGUUUCAAUCGCGAGUCUUUCAUAUCAUUUUGAAACUAGGGUAUUGUUUAAAUAUUCCUGUUACUUUUUAAAGAUGGGAGAACCGCGUUUUUUUGCAGAAUAUGCGAAGCAAGGUCGGGCCAAAUGCAAAACUUGUAAGGAAAAAAUUGAGAAGAAUUAUUUAAGAGUUGGUCGUUUGGUUGCUAACCAUUUCAGCAACGAUGGUGGUAUGAUGAAGGAGUGGUAUCAUACGAAAUGUAUGUUUGAUAAACUGAGUAGAGCGCGUAGUACAACAGAACGAAUAGAAACGACUCAAGAUUUGGAAGGUUUUGAUAUUUUGGAAAAUAGCGAUCAAAAAUUGAUUGAAAAAUACAUCACUGAGUUGGCCGAAUCAAAGAAACAUAGCCCUAAAUCAAAGAAAAAGAAGCAGACAAAGUUAGCCUUUGCAUUAAAUGCCAGCAUCUCCAAAAAAAGCCUUGAUAAAACUGAGACAGAAAGCGUUCACAAAGGACUGAGCAACGUUGAUAACUCGACAAGCUCAGUGACUCCGACAUCUUUUUACCAGUUCUGCCAAUUAUGUGGAGAUCUGUUCAAUGAAACAAGUUACAAAGCAAAAACGACCAUUGUAAAGAAAUUUUUAAUUAAAGUUAAAGAAAACGAAGGAGAUAUUUAUCUUGUCGUCAAGCUGCUGUUACCCAGUGCUGUAAAGAGAGUUUAUAAUUUACAAAACAAACAACUGGUUAAAUUAUUCAGUCAGAUUUUAGAUUGUAGUUUGGAAGAAAUGACUUCUGAUUUGGAUAAGGGUGAUGUCUCAGAAACAAUCAAGAAUUUCUUUGAAACCAGCAUCAACAAAACUCUGUUAAAGCAAAGUUGUUUGACUCUUCAAGAGGUUGAUGCUUUUCUUGACAAAAUGAGCACGUUAACUAGAGAAGAUGAACAGCAAAAUGAAUUGUCCAAAAUGACAAGGAGAUGUACAUCCACUGAUCUCAAGUACAUCAUACGUUUGAUAAAGCACGACUUGAAGAUCAACGCUGGUGCCAAACAUGUACUUGAUGCUCUUCAUACGGAUGCUUACACCGCGUUUCACGCUUCUCACAAUCUUCAAGAUGUUGUUGAACGUUGUUUGAAAAAGAAUGAUGACGUCACUGGUGUGUCACGUGAGCUGAGCAUCAAUACUCGAGUCAUGACACCAGUGAAACCGAUGUUAGCUGAAGCAUGUAAAUCAUUUGAUUACGCCAUCACGAAAUGUCCAAAUGGAAUGUUUGCUGAGAUCAAGUAUGAUGGUGAACGUGUACAGAUUCACAAGAGCGGCAAUGAUUUUCAGUUUUUCAGUAGGAGUUUGAAACCUGUUAUUCCUCAUAAGGUUUCUGAAAUCAAGGAGUUUUUACCAAAGGCUUGUCCACAUGGAAAUGAUUUGAUAUUAGAUAGUGAAGUUUUACUUGUGGAUCAUAAAACUGGUAAUCCUUUGCCAUUUGGUACACUUGGAAUACACAAGAAAUCAGCGUUUAAAGACGCCAAUGUCUGUCUGUUUAUUUUUGAUUGUUUGCAAUUCAACGAUGAGAACCUAAUGAAAAAACCAAUGGAAGAAAGAAGAAAGCUUCUUGAACGAAAUGUAAAGGAAAUAAAAAAUCACAUUAUGUUAUCUGAAACUAAACUUAUUCAGAGUAAGGAUGAGUUGUCUGAUUUGAUGAUGCGAGCCAUUAACGAAGGUCUCGAGGGACUGGUUAUGAAGGAUGUCAAGGGAAUUUACGAACCAGGAAAGAGACAUUGGCUCAAGAUGAAGAAAGACUAUUUGGAGGAAGGGUCUAUGGCAGAUACCGCUGACCUUGUUGUUCUUGGCGCGUAUUACGGUACUGGUAACAAAGGUGGCAUGAUGUCAGUAUUUCUUAUGGGAACGUACGAUGAAAUUUCAAAUAGCUGGCUAACGGUGGCAAAAUGUGGCAACGGUCAUGAUGACAAAACAUUAGAUGAAAUAAACAAGACUCUAAAAGUUGUUAAAAUUAGCAAGGACAGCACUAAGGUACCUUUGUGGUUAAAUGUUCAUAAAACUCUCGUUCCAGACUUUGUCGUGUUAGAUCCAAAGGCAGCUCCAGUGUGGGAGAUCACAGGCGCUGAGUUUAGCAAAUCGACGACCCAUACGGCUUAUGGGAUAUCAAUACGUUUUCCAAGGGUUACUAAAAUCCGUGAUGACAAGGAUUGGAAAAUGGCAACAAAUCUCAAAGAGCUGAAGAAACUUGUUGCAGCCUCCAAACAAACACCUGGUGUGACUUCAAGACAAAAACAUCAACAUCAUGUACUGACGUUAUUGGCACAGGGAAAGCGCUCGGUACUGUCGACGAGACUUUAAAAGAGCACGAUGGUCGAGGGGAGAAAAGAAAAAGUGACGAAGCAGAGUUAAAAACGUCAAUUAAAAAGGUCAGAUCAGAGAAUUGCUUUAAAAAGAAUCCUGUUGAUAUAGAAAAAGUCCCACAUUGCAAUCGAAAAUUGCAAAAAUGAAGGCAAAAGAAGAACUCACGUGAGUUUGCCUUCAAUAUUUUCUGGAGUCAAAGUAUAUAUUGCAAAUGAUGUUGAAGAUAAGAAGAAGCUGAGAAGAUUUGUCAUUGCAUAUGACGGUGAUGUUAUUCCUGAAUACGAAAAACAUAAUGCAACUCAUACUAUUUGUAACGAGAGUUCACCAAAAGAGAAUGGAAACAUCAAAAUAAAGCCAAGUUGGGUGUGGAACUCGAUUAAAGCAGCGAAAAUGUUACCCGAGGAAGAAUUUAAACCUUAGAAAGUAAUUUUUGCUCUUAUCAGCAAUGUAUUGUUGCGUGCAGCUUUUAACAGAAUGAAUGUAUUAUUUCGCAGUGAUAUGAGACGGUAGAUUUCUAUAUUUUGAUUCAUAUUUAACUAACAAGUGUAGGAUAAAAUGUAAUAUGUCUGAAUCAAAUGUAUUUAAACUGAUAUAGCUAAGUAUUAAAAAUUGAUUUAAAUUUAAA